UUGCUGAAGCGGAGUCUGAACACAGGAGAGUGAAGGAUGUUUGGCUUUUAUCUGCUCCUGGUUCCUCUCAUUAGAGCCUAUGAUGUAAAGCCAUGCUCUCUUCUCUACGCUAACCUUGGGGACAACGUGACUAUACCUUGUUUCUGUCCAGCCAGCACCAAUCAUGUGUCAUGGUACAAACAAGCUGCCGGGGGAAACCCUCAAAUUAUAUCAUAUUCUUAUUUCGGUGAUAAAAAUAACUUUCAGCCCCCGUUUAAAGACAGCCGUCGAUUUUCAGUGGACUCGGGAAAAGGGUUUUAUCAUCUGAAACUCUUUGAUAUCCAGCAGUCUGAUUCAGCCACGUACUACUGCGCAAGAACCAUUAUUGCGGUGACAGAAUUCGGCAAUGGAACUUUUUUGGCUCUCAAAGAGCCCAGUCACACGACUUUCCUUCAGCCGCCGGUGGCUCAGUCUGUCCGUCCAGGAGACUCGGUGACCGUGAACUGCACAGUGCCCGCUGCGCUCUGUGAUGGACCCCACAGCAUGUACUGGUUCAGACACGACGCAGGAGAUUCCCACCUGGAAAUCAUACACACCAACAAUGAAAGGUGCGGCCGGUGCGAGAGGAGCUUUGACUCCGAGUGUCCCGGACCGAGCUGCAAGUUCAGUUUGCCGAAAAGGAACGUGAGCCUGUCCGAUGCUGGGACGUACUACUGCGCCGUGGCUUCACGUGGAGGGAUGCUGUUCGGGGGUGGAAUGAGGCUGGAUGUUGGGAAACAGAGUGCAUGUCCUGGGAGUUUGCUCGUCUUGAUAUAUUGCCUGAGUGCAGCACUGCUUGUGUCUUUUAUCGUGAUCCUCAUCAUGGCCUGCAUCCUCUACAAAAUGACCAGGACGGGACGCUUUGAGAGUCAAGUGGGGCAACUCCAGCAAAGUAACUCAGAGUACUUUGCUGACAACCAGUCUGACGAUUCUGCUGCCUUGCAAUAUGUGGCUCUGGAUUUCAAAAAGAGGGCCAAGGCCAGGAGACAGAAAGGCACGGACGAAAGGGAGACCAUUUACGCUGGAGUGAGACAGACGGACGAGGAUUAACCCACCAACCUCCUCCCCCACUCUGUUUUUGACCCCUGGACUAUUUUU